AUGGCGGACUCAACAACGACCAAAGAGCCUGCGAGUUCCUCCGCGAGCGAAAUCGCGACCAAGAGCGGCCCCGAGACGCCCAAAGAAGACCGCGUCUUCCCGAUGCUGCAGAACAACAAUGCUGCCAGCCCAGCCCAGUCCGAUGCUGCCAACGGCCCCGGGAGGCUGAACGAGGAGGACAACGACGACGAGCCUUCUGUCGCAAAGCCCUUUAUCCGGACGUCUAGCCCCGAUUCGGCCCUCCGAACUCCUGCUACUGUUGGCGCCACCUUCGAUGACAAGACCCCGGACCGCCUGAGCUACAAAAUGCACAAGUUUAGCUUGUACGAGACCGCUAGCCGGUAUUAUAUUGUCGGAGUCGACGUGAGCGAGAAAUGGUACAGGAUUCUCAAGAUCGACCGCACCACCGCGGGCGCCGAGUUGAACAUGACCGACGACAAGAUUGUGUACAGUCUGAAGCAGAUGAGCCAGCUGCUCGACACCAUCGACGACGGAAAUAAGGGCACAGGCGGCAUAAAGCUCCGUUGCACCACCUGGGGUCUCCUUGGAUUCAUCAAGUUCACCGGGCCAUACUACAUGCUGCUCAUCACCAAGAAGAGCACGGUGGCCAUGAUUGGCGGCCACUAUGUGUAUCAGAUCGAGGGCACUGAGCUUGUUCCGCUGACGCCGGCCAAGUUCAAGCCGGACGGGAAGAAUUCGGAGGAACAGCGGUUUCUGGGUAUCCUCAACAACCUCGACUUGACUCGAUCGUUUUAUUAUAGUUAUUCCUACGACAUAACCCAUACUCUGCAGCACAACAUUACCCGAGAACGGAACGCCCUGGGCAAGGGCAUGUUGACUAUUAAUGAGGAGGACUGUAAUUCCAUGUUUGUCUGGAACGAUUAUCUUCUCCAGCCGGCCGCGGAAGCUCUUAGAGAUCCGUAUGAUUGGUGUCGUCCCAUCAUCCAUGGGUACAUUGACCAGGCCGCGCUUUCAAUCUACGGAAGGACGGCACAUAUUACAGUCAUUGCCAGGCGUUCUCGAUACUUUGCUGGAGCGCGCUUUCUAAAGAGAGGAGCAAAUGACCUCGGCUACGUUGCGAAUGAUGUUGAGACGGAACAGAUCGUCGCCGAGUCCCUGACGACAUCCUUCCAUUCUCCCGGCCCCCGACUAUACUGCAGUCCCCAAUACACGUCGUACGUUCAGCAUCGUGGCAGUAUACCUCUAUACUGGACUCAAGAUAACACAGGCGUUACCCCUAAACCCCCCAUUGAGCUGAACCUGAUCGACCCCUUUUUCUCUGCCGCUGCUACCCAUUUCGACAACUUGUUUGAGAGGUACGGAGGGCCUAUAUACGUCGUCAAUCUUAUCAAAGCCAAGGAGCGGCAACCUCGCGAGUCGAAGCUGCUCAAAGAAUACACAGACGCUAUACACUAUCUCAACCAGUUUCUGCCCAAGGAUUGCAAGAUUAUUCACAAGGCUUGGGAUAUGAGCCGUGCGUCGAAAGUGAGAGGCGGUGAUGUCAUUGGAAAUCUCGAGGACAUUGCUGAAUCUGUUCUUAAUACUACCGGGUUCUUCCAGAAUGGAGACGGCAGGACAAGCCCCAUGUCGGCGCAGAACGGAAUUGCUCGAACCAACUGCAUCGACUGCCUUGAUCGAACCAAUGCGGCCCAGUUUGUCAUCGGGAAGCGUGCUCUUGGUCGCCAGCUCCACGCUUUGGGCAUCCUGGAGAAUAACACGGUCGAGUACGACACAGACGCCGUGAAUCUUUUUACGCACAUGUGGCAUGACCACGGAGAUACGAUUGCCGUGCAGUACGGUGGCUCUCAGUUGGUGAACACUAUGGAGACAUAUCGAAAGAUAAAUCAGUGGACAAGCCAUUCCCGAGACAUGAUUGAGAGUUUCAAGCGUUACUACAACAACUCCUUCCUCGACAGUCAGCGACAGGAGGCCUACAACCUCUUCCUGGGAAACUACAUCUUCGCCCAGGGGCAGCCGAUGCUCUGGGACCUGGUCACAGACUAUUAUCUGCAUCACGCAGACCCCCGGGAGUGGUCUGACAAGCCUAAGCGCGACUACAUUGACUGGUUCACGCCAAAGCACCUAGAAAAGCGACAAUUGCCCCCGUUCGUGCCUUUGAGAGGGGGCACCGCAUCGCAGCCUGUUGAAUUCUUUGAUGACUAUUGGCUCGAAUACUAUCGUCCAGCUACUCUAUCCUCCUUCCCCAAAAUGUUCGCAUUCAAGAUGAACUCUACCAUAAAGUACAUUCCAUUCAAAUCCACCCAGGACGGUCGGUACGACCUCAGCCCGUUCCGAGUACGUACGGACGGCGAAGUGUACACCGAGAAGAAACGGGUGAAGAAAGAGGUCACCAUGCUGAGCGCGAGCUCAGGAAACACCGGCGCCGACGACGUCGCCGCGUCGAUUGCGCCUGGGCAGAACGGUCCUAGGGGCAUGUCGCUGCAGCGCUGGCUGCACCCGGCACAGGUGAAGGAUCUAGGGGCGGCGCAGGGCAGGGAUGGCCUGAGUUCCAUCGAGGAGGCCAAGGGCAAGCAGACGCAGCAGGAGAAGAACAAGGAGGAGCAGUGGACCUUCACCAAGGCGGUGCACGACUCGCUCAACCCGUCUGUCCAGGACCAAGAGGCACAGGACUAUGAGCGAUAUGUUCGCCACCCACAGACGAUCCCUCUUGUCGUGUCGACGGAUACCCCCGCGGACAUUGACUCGUCCGAGUACACUGACUACAUCGAGGGCGACUGGAGCACGCAGGGGCUAAUGGUGACGGGGACGGAGGAGGAGAUUGACGUGUACGCCGAGCUGAUCAAGAUUGCGGAGAAUCCCCUCACCGUGGCCGAAGAGGACGCCCCUAAGAAGAGGUACAAGGCUUAUGGGAAGUGGCUCCGCGGAAAGUCGUUUUUCAAGCAGCAGCCUGUUGAUUGA